AUGAUCGACUUCACUCAUGUUUCACAGCGGUUACACUACAGCUGUGAUGUGUGCAUGACCCCACCAGUCUCUUCCGUCACUGCCCGAAGCGUACAGGCUAAGAAGAAACGUCAAAAAUCGUUUUUCAUCUUCAUAAAUGGCCGCCUUGUUCAUUGUCAACCACUGAAGUACGCUGUUGACACAUUGCUCAGCGAUCGUGAUCUCGUUUGUCCUUUUGCGCUGAUCUCUUUGAAGAUUGAUCCUGCUCGAGUUGACGUAAAUGUACAUCCAACCAAACAAACUGUUGUGUUUCUUGAGGAAGAAGCCAUUAUCGAAGAUUUGCAGAAGGAAGUAGAACGAAAAUUAGAAAACAUAUUUGAUAAAGAAGUUGCACCGAGAAGUUUGAGCAAGAAGCAGCAAUUGCUGACACCAACACAAAUCUCGAGAAUUCCUGGACAAACGCAGGGUCCAAGUGUAGGUUUUACUGGUGCGAUGGAGAUCGUUGAAAUGUGUGCAUUUGCACAACGUCACAUCGCGCGUGAAAUA